AGAAUUCAUAUCAGCCCUGAGCAGAACUUGCAGUAUGGUUGGCUGGCUUAUAUGUUGGGAGAGAGAACUACAAAAAAGCUUACCGAAUACAGCAAAAUCUUUACUGUGGAGGGAAACUUAUCUUCUGGGAAGGGCAAGCUUGCACAACAAAUAGCAGAAAAACUAGGAAUGAAAUAUUUCCCAGAAGCAGACAUCCAUUACCUGGACAGAAUCACGGGAGACGGAACGCUGCUGCAUGAGAAAUUUAAUGGUUUCUGCAACCUAGAGAGGUUUUACAAUGAUCCGAAAUGCACUGAUGGACACUCUUACCGACUGCAAGCUUGGCUGUUUGGUAAUCGUGUUUUACAGUACGCUGAUGCGUUGGAGCAUCUGCUGACCACAGGACAAGGUGUGGUGAUGGAGCGCUCUCCCUACAGCGACUUUGUGUUCCUGGAUGCAAUGUUUAAACAAGGCUAUAUCCACAAGCGAUGUAUUGAUCACUACAACGAGAUCAAAGAGAUCAGCAUUUGUGAAUUCCUGCCGCCUCACUUGGUCAUUUAUAUAGAUGUACCAGUCCCAGAGGUGCAGAAGAGGAUUCAAGAGAAAGGAGAGCCGUAUGAGAAAAAGGUGUCUCCUUUGUAUCUCCAGCACAUUGAGGAUGCUUACAAGAAAACCUUCUUACCAGAGAUCAGUGAGACCAGUGAAGUUCUGCAGUAUACAGCAACUGAGGCAGAGGAUGUGGAGAAGGUAAUCGAAGACAUUGAAUACCUGAAGUUUGACAAGGGGCCAUGGCUGGAGCAGGAUGAUGUUUCUUUCCAUCAUUUGAGACUUUAUGUUCAGGACAAAGAUGGAGUGCUGGAUCCUGCAGCCAUCCCUCGCUUCAUUCCAGAAAUCACAAUUGGAGGCAAUGAAUAUGAUAAAAUCUUUCAUGAGUAUCGAUCGGUAAGUAAUGCUGGAAGGGGAGCAGUUGUGCAAUAG